AGGCGGCGCAUGCGCGGCCCGCGGGCUACCCGGCUCCGCCCCGCGCGCACUAUUUAAUCCCAGAAUCCCUCUGUGUCGCACCAAACGGCCGCAUAGUUCCGAGGCUGCGGAGGCCGGGCGCGGCGGCGUCAAGAUGGCGGCUGCGGCAGUGGCGGCGGCUGCGGCGGCGGCCGCGGCUGCAUCUCUUCAGGUGCUGGAGAUGGAGAGCAUGGAGACGGCCGCUGCCGGCUCGGCAGGCCUGGCCGCCGAGGUCCGAGGCAGCGGCACGGUGGACUUCGGGCCUGGGCCAGGGAUCUCUGCAAUGGAGGCGAGCGGGGGCGAUCCGGGCCCAGAAGCCGAGGAUUUCGAGUGCAGCUCUCACUGUUCAGAGCUGUCCUGGCGGCAGAACGAGCAGCGACGCCAGGGCCUCUUCUGCGACAUUACCCUGUGCUUUGGCGGGGCUGGAGGCCGCGAGUUCCGGGCCCACCGCUCGGUACUGGCUGCCGCCACCGAGUACUUCACGCCCCUGCUCUCGGGCCAGUUUUCCGAGUCCCGCUCGGGACGGGUGGAGAUGCGCAAGUGGAGCUCCGAGCCGGGGCCCGAACCCGACACUGUGGAAGCCGUUAUCGAGUACAUGUACACCGGGCGCAUCCGCGUCAGCACGGGCAGCGUGCACGAGGUGCUGGAGUUGGCCGACAGGUUCCUACUCAUUCGUUUAAAAGAAUUUUGUGGAGAAUUUCUCAAGAAAAAACUUCAUCUCUCAAAUUGUGUGGCAAUUCAUAGCUUAGCCCACAUGUACACCCUGAGCCAACUUGCUCUGAAGGCUGCUGAUAUGAUACGGAGAAAUUUCCACAAAGUGAUUCAGGAUGAAGAAUUUUAUACGUUACCUUUCCAUCUCAUUAGAGACUGGCUUUCAGAUUUGGAAAUUACAGUUGAUUCUGAAGAGGUUCUCUUUGAAACCGUUUUGAAAUGGGUUCAGAGAAAUGCUGAAGAGAGAGAGAGAUACUUUGAAGAACUUUUUAAAUUGCUCAGGUUGUCCCAGAUGAAACCUACCUACCUUACUCGACAUGUCAAACCAGAGAGGCUGGUAGCCAAUAAUGAAGUUUGUGUCAAGUUGGUGGCUGACGCAGUGGAGAGACAUGCUCUGAGAGCUGAGAAUAUACAAUCGGGCACAUGCCAGCACCCCACUUCUCAUGUCUCACUAUUGCCUCGUUAUGGGCAAAACAUGGAUGUGAUCAUGGUUAUUGGAGGUGUGUCAGAAGGAGGGGACUAUUUAAGUGAAUGUGUGGGAUAUUUUGUUGAUGAGGACAGAUGGGUAAACCUGCCACAUAUUCAUAAUCACCUCGAUGGACAUGCUGUUGCAGUAACAGAAUCCUACGUGUAUGUUGCUGGAUCAAUGGAGCCAGGGUUUGCUAAAACUGUUGAAAGGUAUAACCCAAAUUUGAAUACUUGGGAACAUGUUUGUAGUCUGAUGACAAGAAAGCAUUCUUUUGGACUAACAGAAGUCAAAGGGAAACUCUAUAGCAUUGGAGGACAUGGCAACUUUAGUCCUGGUUUUAAAGAUGUGACUGUUUAUAAUCCUGAGCUUGAUAAAUGGCACAACUUGGAAUCGGCACCAAAGAUUCUUCGAGAUGUCAAAGCACUAGCCAUUGAAGACCGGUUUGUAUACAUUGCCGCCCGCACUCCUGUAGACCGGGACACUGAAGAUGGAUUAAAGGCUGUAAUUACUUGCUAUGAUACAGAGACUCGACAGUGGCAAGAUGUGGAAUCUUUGCCCCUUAUUGACAAUUACUGCUUUUUCCAAAUGUCUGUGGUCAAUUCAAACUUUUAUCAGACAGCAUCAUGUUGCCCCAAGAGUUAUUGUUUAGAAAACGAAGAAGCAGUAAGAAAAAUUGCCAGCCAAGUGUCUGAUGAGAUCCUUGAAAGCUUGCCUCCAGAAGUCCUAAGCAUUGAAGGAGCAGCCAUUUGCUAUUACAAAGAUGAUGUCUUCAUUAUAGGAGGCUGGAAAAACAGCGAUGAUAUUGAUAAACAGUAUCGGAAAGAAGCCUACCGAUACUGUGCUGAGAGGAAGAGGUGGAUGCUUCUUCCUCCUAUGCCACAACCUCGUUGUAGAGCCACUGCUUGUCACGUGAGGAUCCCAUACCGGUACUUGCAUGGCACACAGAGAUAUCCUAUGCCUCAAAACCUGAUGUGGCAGAAGGACCGCAUCAGACAGAUGCAAGAGAUACAUCGUCACGCCCUGAACAUGCGGCGAGUGCCAAGCUCUCAGAUAGAAUGCUAGGUUCUCUCAAGCGUGCCAAUUAAAACUGUUAUACCCGUUUCGUGAAGCUGAAGAUAUCCAGGCUGUUACUUGAAAAAGUAUGUCGAUAACUUAUUUUCUACGUGAACUGAUUAUUACCCCAUAUAAAGGAAAUAGAGUUAAAAACUAAAGAAUGGGAAACUCAGUUCAAUACAUGGUCAUUUUGUUAGCUUGCAA